AUGAAGUCUAAGGCCAACUGUGCUCAGAACCCAACUUGUAACAUAAUGAUAUUUCAUCCAACCAAAGAAGAGUUUAAUGAUUUCGAUAAAUACAUUGCUUACAUGGAAUCCCAAGGUGCACACCGAGCAGGCCUGGCUAAAAUAAUUCCACCCAAGGAAUGGAAAGCCAGACAGACCUACGAUGAUAUCAGUGACAUCCUAAUAGCCACUCCUCUGCAACAGGUGGUCUCUGGGAGAGCAGGUGUGUUUACGCAAUACCAUAAAAAGAAGAAAGCCAUGACUGUGGGGGAGUAUCGCCACUUGGCUAACAGUGACAAAUACCGCACUCCACCACACCUGGAUUUUCAAGAUUUGGAGCGAAAGUAUUGGAAACACCGCCUCUACGAUUCCCCGAUUUAUGGGGCUGACGUCAGCGGUUCCUUAUUUGAUGAAAACACUGAACACUGGAACCUCGGCAACCUGGGGACAAUUCAGGACCUACUGGAGCAGGAGUGUGGAGUGGUCAUCGAAGGCGUCAACACACCCUACCUGUACUUCGGCAUGUGGAAGACCACCUUCGCUUGGCACACGGAGGACAUGGACCUCUACAGCAUCAACUACCUGCACUUCGGGGAGCCCAAAACGUGGUACGCGGUGCCCCCGGAGCACGGCCAACGCCUGGAACGCCUGGCCAGAGAGCUUUUUCCUGGCAGUUCGCGGGGCUGUGAGGCCUUCCUGCGGCAUAAGGUGGCUCUCAUCUCACCCACUGUCCUCAGGGAGAAUGGCAUUCCUUUCCGUCGGAUCACCCAGGAGGCUGGUGAGUUCAUGGUGACAUUCCCUUAUGGCUACCACGCUGGCUUCAAUCAUGGCUUCAACUGUGCGGAAGCCAUCAAUUUCGCCACCCCGCGCUGGGUUGAUUAUGGCAAAGUGGCAUCUCAGUGCAGCUGCGGGGAGUCCAGGGUCACGUUUUCCAUGGACGCUUUUGUGCGCAUUCUGCAACCUGAGCGUUAUGAGCUGUGGAAACAGGGGCAGGACCGGGCAGUUGUGGACCACACAGAGGCCACAGCCCUGGCCAGCCAGGAGCUGACCGCCUGGAGGGAGGCCCGGGCACCUACGAGAGCCUCGCGAGGCCUGCGGAACCUCCCGCCCCGCCGGUCCCCACGCCCUACUCGCCCUCUGGCCUCUGGGGAUGGUCCCCAGGUCUGCCCCUUUGUGCGCCCUGCCUGCAAGCGCCCCUCUAGGGCCUGCGGCGCUGCUGUGCACCCUGAGGUUGCAGCCUCUGUCAUCGCCCGCAGUUCCUCAGAUCCCAGCUUGACCCCGCUGCUGACUCCGGGUCCACCUGCCCCGCACAUCCAGCCUUCACCUGGCAGAAGGGGUCGUGGUCGUCGUCCUCGGGAGCAGACAAUCCAGGGCCCAGCCAAGAGGCGCUUCUCAGUGGGCGCAGCAUGCACAGCUCCGGGGUCUGAGGCUCAACCCCUGUCUGGGGAUGGACCUUUGAUGGACAGUGCUGCACCUCUGAGUUCUGAACCCCAGCGACCUGCAAAAGCUUCUGGGUGCUGUUGUGCCCCACUCCACUAG